AUUUUUAUUAUAGCCUUGUUGAUUGCAAGGGAAAGCAGAAAGAGUCUCAGGUACUGUUUUGAAUUAAAAGUUUUUCCAAGAUGGUGUCUUCCAGAAAUACACUGAACAAGUAAUAUACGCUGAACAGACUAUAUUUCUGUUUUGUAGUAGUUGGUAGUAUUUCUGUACAGGAGAGAGCCCUGCAGGCAUUGAUAAAUCAGGUUGCUUGAGAAAGCAAAGUGAAAACAGUUUAGUUUCUAACACACAUUCCUAGGUAAAGGUGUUGCUAUUGCAGUGCAAUAGAAAACAGAGACUGCCAUUUGGUAGUGUUGACUUUCAAUACUGCUUGCUGUUGUUGUACUCAAAAUUACAGAUGAAAGACACAACUUUUUAUAAAAAUUAUUUACAAGGGAAAUGAUAUAAAACACACAUGUAGUGUUAUUUCAGAGAACAGCAGCUGAAUUUACCAGAAGUCUGCAUUGUGUGCUAAACAGAUGCUAGCAAUAGCUAAACAAAAUAUUUGGACACUGAAGGCAAUACAGGAGCAGCACUUUGUGGCUGGGAGUCGGAGGUCGGGUGGCUCUGGUGCACUGGAACAUUCACUUUCCACACGUUUAGGUAGAAUAGAGCUUCUGUAUCAUCCCCAUCUCAUUUCCUCAGUGUUACGUGACAAGACUUUUAUAAGCCAUGAGGCUGCAUAAUUAAGCUAUUAUUAGCCUUAAGUGGUUUUCAGAGCUGCUGUUUUGUUUUUUCCUAAUGAACAGCCUUUUCCUGUACAUACACACAAUAAAAUGUCAUGUAACACGAUGUCUCAGAGGCAAAGUAUUGUUAGUUCAUAUUUACAAAAUUAAGGUGAGAUAAUGCCUUUGGAAAAUCAAGUUGAAUGGGAGACUCUGGUCUUCCAGUUGAUUAUGCAUAAGAUUCAAGAAGAACUUGGGCCACAAGGUAGUGUGAAACUGGUCAAAACCCGGUUUUGGACCGGGUUUGAGGGAUAUCUGAUCCAUUUGAUGUUCUUAACAUAACAGGUGUUAUUAGCCCAGUAAAUAAUUAAAUGUCAUGGAAGUUAUAUUUGCUAAUUUUGAAACCAGUAAUCAAGAGGAAGUUCACAAGGCUGCAGUUCUUAUGAUGUUUUAACAGACACUUCAUUUCUGUUUGGACUGUGUAUGCUUAAAUAUUUAAUUUAGUAGACGUUCAUGGAAAAUUGACAGGACCCGCAGUUCAAAGUGUUCUUCAUUGAUGCAGCAUCUCAUGGCUGUGUGUUCAUCUCUGCUUAUUUAGAAUGUUUGUGCGUGGAUUCUUUCAGCUGCUUUCUUUCCCUAUUGAGUCUCUUCCCUGUGUUACUUUUUCAGUGAAAAAAAGUUGGUUGUAAUUUUCAAUCUGCAGCUUUACCAAAGGCUUCCUUUUUGGCAGCUGGAUUUCUUUUUUUUCAUGGUGUGUGUGGCUUUGAUGUUUAUUUUAUUUUUUAAAUUGUUUUAGCAGUUGAUAGAGGAACCUUCUUGAGAUGUCCUGUGGUAGUUCCUGUACUAACUUGCUAUGUGCUGUAUAUAUGUAAACAUUAGGUGAAGUCAUAAUUUAGGAAAAGUUAAAUCUCUUCUUAUGUAUUUUUGCCUUUUACUUCGGGUUUUUUUUGAGCAUGAAGAGAUCAGGAGAGUUGAGACUUGAAAUCUGAGUCAGCACAAGAUAUCUGGCGGGAUUAGCACAGGAGGUAUUAAAAGAAAACUGUAUUGCUUAGUAGAUAUGCUGGAUUUCUUCUUUUCAUCUGAGCUGACAUGUAUACCUCUGAGAAACCUUCUCCAACAAAAUACCUUGCUUCAAGACCUGUCCUGGAUUAUAUACAAAGAAGCUUCCAGUCAUGAGUGCAGAUGCUGAGCAGGAUGCUGCUAUCAAACUUGCCCAGGAACGAGCAGAGAUAGUUGCCAAGUAUGACAGAGGACGUGAGGGUGCUCAGAUUGAACCGUGGGAAGAUGCUGACUACCAUCUUUACAAAGUCACAGAUAGAUUUGGGUUUCUACAUCCAGAGGAGCUUCCUGUCCAUGAUGUGGUGAUAGAAAAGCAAAAGAAUCUUGAAAUUGAAAGAACUACAAAAUGGCUUAAGAUGCUGAAAAGCUGGGAAAAAUACAAGAAUAGUGAAAAGUUUCAUAGGAGAAUUUAUAAAGGGAUCCCACUGCAGUUGAGAGGGCAAGUCUGGUCUUUGUUGCUUGAUGUUCCAAAGAUGAAAGAAGAAAUGAAAGACUUUUAUAAUAAAUUGAAGUAUCAAGCACGAGGGUCUUCUCCAGACAUUCGGCAAAUUGACCUUGAUGUGAACCGCACGUACCGAGACAACAUCAUGUUCCGGGACAGAUACGGUGUGAAGCAACAAUCUUUGUUCCAUAUUUUAGCUGCAUAUUCCAUAUAUAAUACGGAAGUUGGAUACUGUCAGGGAAUGAGCCAGAUCACAGCUUUGCUCCUGAUGUUCAUGAAUGAAGAAGAUGCCUUCUGGGCCUUGGUGAAACUUCUCUCUGGUCCAAAGCACGCUAUGCAUGGUUUUUUUAUUCCUGGUUUUCCAAAACUGAUGAGGUUUCAGGAACAUCAUGACAAAAUUCUGAAGAAAUUUUUGUCCAAACUUAAGCAGCAUUUGGACUCCCAGGAUAUGCCCACCAGCUUUUACACAACCAAGUGGUUUUUCCAGUGUUUUCUUGAUCGUACUCCCUUUACAUUAAGCCUCAGGAUAUGGGAUAUCUACAUACUUGAAGGAGAACGGAUUCUCACUGCUAUGUCUUACACAAUUCUGAAACUGCACAGAAAGCAUCUGAUGAAAUUACAAAUGGAAGAGCUUGUAGAAUUUCUGCAGGAGUCUUUAGCCAAGGAUUUCUUCUAUGAAGAUGACUUUGUAAUAGAGCAGCUCCAAAAUUCUAUAUCAGAAUUGAAACGAGCAAAGCUGGAUUUACCAGUAGCUGGUAAAGAAGAUGAAUUUCCAAAGAAGCCAUUGGGGCAGAUUCCAUCAGGACCUUUGCCUUCUGUGCUUAACUCUACUCCAAUGCUUAAUGGACAGAACAGUACUGGUACACAAGCAGCAAGAAGGACAGAGAGAAGACCAUCCAUAGAAGAAGAACCAGAAAGUUCACCAAAUGACCGAAAAAUAAUUAAUUAUGUGGAAAAGAAACCUUCAUUAAAACAGCAAAAGAUUCGACCAGUAGAGACACAAAACAGUUUGCCUAAAAAUGAGGUGGAUACUAGAAAAAAGCCUCAGCCAGCAGAGCAAGACAACUCAAGUCUAUACAAUAAUGCAGCUGCUAAUCAGAAUUCUAAUGCUACUUCCAAUACAAGAAGGGAAUUUGUACCUAAGUGGAAUAAACCAUCUGAUAUCAAAAUAAUGGAAAAGACAAUGAAACUCACUGCAGAGGUGAAAGGGAGGCCAGUAAACCAUUCUGUUUUGGGCCCACCACCAAGUCCUGGAGAAAUGCAGCCUUUGAAUGUAAAGCAGAAGGUGAGGGUUUUGGAUGCUGAUGAAGGUAAGCGAGAGUCUAAUGCAUCUCAGUAUGACAAUGUUUCAGAGGAUGAAACUGAGAACGAGAAUGUUGUUGAAGAAAUGCUUGAGAGAGCUCAUCCACAAAGUCCUAGGCAUGUAGCAUUUUCUAAUAGUCCAAGAAAGCAAAUGGAAAAAAUACCAGCUCCAUUAAAAUUACCCAAUAAUUUUACUUUAACUUCACAACCCAGAUCUCCAAAAUAUGCAUCUCAUUCUGAUGCUCCAUCUCAUGGACUGAAUGUAAAACAGCCACUGCCAGGUUAUAGUAAUCCCCCUACUUACUAUGGGAAUUCUCCAAAGCAUGUUUCCAGUACAGGCAAUACAAGUUCUGCAUCUCUGCAUUACCAUGGGAAUCGGCCCAGCCCCCCUGGAAGACCAUAUGCUCCUUUUAUGCCAGUAGAUUAUUCCCCAAAUAAACUGCAAAUGAAUUCCUAUCCUGCCAGUCGCCAAAAUCCUCUUUCACCAGCCCCUACUCAGACAGAAGUCGCUCCUGUUGAUGCAUACACCAGCAACUCGAGAUCCUCCCCAGGUGUCAAGUUCAUAAUCCCUCCAGAUUAUUUACCAGAGGAGAGAAAGUGUCUGGACGCCGCCUGCAUCUACAGACACUACAGGCAGCAUUGGAGCCAAGACCUUAACAAAGGCCACAUGGAUAAUUUCCAGAAAUACCAGCAUUUUCAGCCAACACCUUUACAAGACCACAGUCUUCCUGCUGUUUCUGUGGAUAGUCCAGUGAGAUACAGGACUUCCCCAACCUUGGAAGAGAAUGGUUCCCCACAGUACCAAUAUGCAAACCCAUCAGCUCAAGCGCAACACUAUCGGAACAGAACCGAUGGAUUGUCUAUGCAUGAGUCUGUGCUUCUCUGAGAAUCUGGCUGUGCUUAGUAAAAUGGCAAGAAUCAAAACCAGUUGAACAGUACUGUUAGUAGUAGUCCUCCUCAGUUCUCUGAAAUGUGGAUGGUCUGUGUGAGUUCAGAAAUAACAACACUAUUUCAGAGAUGUUCAGACUUUGGUUGAAAGCUGGUGGAGUUCUUGGACUUGCAUGGAAGCUACUGGAAGUGAUCUAAUGCACAUAGACAUAGCAAUAAGCUCAUAUACAUCAUGUGGUUCAUGCUGUUGUCGCUCCUUACAUUAAAUAACUCGUGUUACAAUCCUUCUGCCUAAAACCUGUAACACACUGAAAAGUUUUGACUGACAUUGUUAAUGCACUGUACAGAUGUGUGCGUGUGUGUGGCUGUGUGAGUGUGCACUUACAGUACACAAACUCAUAUGGAAAAGAGCUAAAGAGUUUAAAUUGAAAUGCAUUUAACUUUGGGCAAAGCUUGUGAAGUACUUUUAUUUCAUAUUAUUUUUAUUUGUAAUUUAUUUGAGAAGCCAUUCAUUUUGAAUGGGAAAUUCUGUCAUUUUUAUGCAACUGCCUCAGCAUCCCAGUAUCUGUUCUGGGCAGGAGAGAUGCUUUGGGAUUAUUAAUUUAAUCAUAUGUGAGAGUUAAUUUCCUCUCCUUUGACUACUGUUUGUCAUUUUCCUCAGCAGGAAGGAGAAGGCAGGAAAAAGCAGAAAGCCAAAAAUGUCUCUCUAAUCUGGCUAAGAAAUGGUGCUUAAAUUCAGGGCAGUGUUUAGGAGUUUUUUAAGUGCAUCAAAAAUGGAGAAUUUGUACCUUCUCACCCAAAUCUACCUUCAGAAUGUCAUUCUAUAUGCAAAAGACUGAAGCACAGUGAGACUAAUGCCAGAUACAGAAAUGGUGCUGCACCCUUCACUUUUUGCCAUGCUGUGCUGUCAGACUCAAACUGGUUGCAGGGCCAAAUCUCACAGGUAUCAAAGAAUUGCACAGCUCGUUGACACCUCUGUGAAGUGCAUGCAGGAGUUUGAGCUUUGCUCCAAGCUUGGCAUUCCCUGAGCUGUGUGAGUAUGCAGUGUCCCCUGUCGAGUGGAUUUUGUUGUGUUUUGCCCUUUUCCCCCCCAAAUUGCUGGUGGGUUCCUGUCUGUGGUGGGAUGUGUGCUGCUGUGCUGUCGGGCUCGCACUGCGCGGUGUUUUACACUAAAAUGACCCUGACUUGUUCUUAACAGGAACCUUAAACUCCUGCUGAUAUAAGUAAUUCUAAUUAGUGUUUGCAGCCUUUUCUACUUCGUGUUUUCCUUUCUGUUUUGACUGUGAAUUGGGGGUGAAAUGAGAAGCAGGUGAAGUGGCACGUGUAGGGUGGAGUUCUGCGAGCUGCAGGACACGCUGACCUCUCCCCAGGAGCUGAGGCAGAGGAGGGUCUCACCAGGAGAGGUCCUUGGAGUGCUGAACAGAGAGAUUUCUCUAAUACUGAAGUACUAAACAUUGUUAUCAACACAAGUUUGGAAGGUUGUCCUGUUCCCUUUUUUUUGUAAGGGUUUGUUAACUGAAAACAUAGAAAUGGAUAUUAUUUUUUUUUUCCUUUAAAGAAUGAGCUUUAGUGCCUAUUAUUGCUGCAGGUUGGCUCUGUAAGUUUUAAGGUACAGAAAUAAAACGAUUUUUACAAAUGGAAGUAACAUUUACUUAGUAUGUUUCAAAACAUUUUUUUGUGUAUAUAAUGUGUAUGAUGUAAUUUUUAAUAACUGGGCAAUUUUAUAUUUUAAAAAUUGCAAACUGCAGCGAAGUAACUGUAGCCAAGCACUACACUGAAAUUCUAAACUAAAAUUGUGAAGAUAAAUAUUACUUGGGCUUACUUUAGUUCUGAUUGCUUACAGCAGCUUAGAAAUGUAUGUAUAUAAUAUUGUGGCUAAGUGUAAUAAUCUCAGUGUUUAAUGAUGGUUCUGUAAUUCAUAACGAAGCUGUACAAUUUAUUUGUGCAAACAACUUGAGGCUCCAAGAUAUGUAUCAGCAUUAGUAAAUACUGUAGAUUUUUAUAUAUAAAAUAUAUACACACUAUUUUCUUAUUUCAUCUGCAACAGUUUUAUAACUGUGUACCUAUUUUGAUGUGACUGUAUUUUUAACAUGUUAAAAUAAUAAUAAUUAAGCUUA